CCCCGCCACCCCCGCCCCUCCCGCCUCCGGCUAUGAAAAGCCGCGCGCGCCCGGAGCCCGCCGUGUCCCUCGCGCAGGCGGGCGGCCCUGGAGAGCUGGUGCCCGCAAAGGCGGCGACCGUGGCGCCCACUCAUCAUGAACACCAGCUUCUCCCGGAAGAGCCACACAUUUCUGCCUAAGAUCUUCUUUCGCAAAAUGUCAUCCUCGGGGGCCAAGGACAAGCCCGAGCUGCAGUUUCCCUUCCUUCAGGAUGAGGACACGGUGGCCGUGCUGCACCAGUGCAAGACACUCUUUAUCCUGCGGGGCCUGCCUGGCAGCGGCAAGUCCACCCUGGCUCGGGCCAUCGUGGAUAAGUACCACGAUGGCACCAAGAUGGUGUCUGCUGAUGCGCACAAGAUCACCCCAGGCAGCCGAGGAGAUUUCCCGGAUGAGUACAAGCAGCUGGACGGGGAGCUGGCUGCCUACUGCCGCCGGAACAUACGAGUGCUUGUGCUGGAUGACACCAACCAUGAGCGGGAGCGGCUGGAACAGCUCUUCGAAAUGGCCGACCAGUACCAGUACCAGGUGGCGUUGGUAGAACCCAAGACCGCGUGGAGACUGGACUGCGCCCAGCUCAAGGAGAAGAACCAGUGGCAGCUGUCGGCCGAUGACCUGAAGAAGCUGAAGCCUGGCCUGGAGAAGGACUUCCUGCCACUCUACUUCGGCUGGUUCCUGACCCAGAAGUGCUCUGACACCCUACGCAAAGCUGGCCAGGUCUUCCUGGAGGAGCUGGGGAGCCACAAGGCCUUCAAGAAGGAGCUGCAACACUUUAUCUCUGGGGAUGAACACGGAAAGAUCGAACUGCUCAGCUACUUUGAAAAGAGACCCCCAGGCGUGCUGCAUUGCACAACCAAGUUCUGUGACUAUGGGAAGGCCCCUGGGGCCGAUGAAUAUGCCCAGCAGGAUGUGGUGAAGAAAUCUUACAUGAAGGCCUUCACACUGACCAUUUCUGCCCUCUUUGUGACACCCAGGACAACAGGGGCCCGGGUGGAAUUGAGUGAGCAGGAGCUGCAGUUGUGGCCAAAUGAUGUGGACAAGCUGUUAGCAGAGAGCCUGCCCCGGGGGAGCCGCGCUCACAUCACCCUGGGCUGUGCGGCCGAUGUGGAGGCCAACCAGACAGGCCUAGACCUCCUGGAUAUUGUGCGGCAGGAGAAGGGGGGCAGCCAAGGUGAGGAGGUGGGUCAGCUCUCCCGGGGCAAGCUCUAUUCCUUGGGCAAAGGGUGUUGGAUGCUGAACCUGGCCAAGAAGAUCGAGGUCAAGGCCAUCUUCACCGGUUACUACGGGAAGGGCAAACUUGUGCCCACACAUGGCAGCCGGAAGGGGGGUGCCUUGCAGUCCUGCACCAUCAUAUGAGGGCGCUUCCCACUCUGCACCCCUGCUCUGUAGAAGGGAGCAGGUGUAGGGCAACCAUGCCCUCGGCUUGGUUUUUAUGUUAUGAUUUUUGUUUCGUGUUUUGUUUUUACUGUUAACCUAUCUGUAACUUUGAAGAACAAAACAAAAACCCAACCAAAACAACUUGUAAAGUAACUGCCUCUCCCUCCCUGCCCCGUUCCCCUAACACUCAAGCUCUCAACACAAGGUGGGCAGGCGGGUGGACACCAUUCAGGAAUCUGAGCUGAUCAUGCUGGGGUGUUGGGGCUGGAGCUGCCCCUGAUCCCCAAGAGCUGGCUGACCGGCCCGGAGCCCAGAACUGUCCACAGCUGCACAUACCCUGCUGACCGGAGGAGGAAAGAGGCAAUGACUUUGGAGAGGGUCCCUGGGCUCUGAUCCCAUUUCUUAACUCAUUUAUAGCUCUAGGAAGGCUGGGGUUAUUUGCCAGGGUAGGAAAAAGGGGCUUACCCUCUCACCUUUGGUCCCAAGGCCCUAUGUAACUAGGCCCUUGAUAACUAGGGAAAAACAAAAAAGAGUGAUAAGCAGUAGCCAUGUCCAAGACUGCUUACUGGCCUCACCCCAAGAGGGGAUGCGCUCUGCUGUGGGCCUGAGAGAUCAAAGCCAAAGACACAUGACCAGGGAAGUUAACUGCCUUCCUUGCUAUCUGUCUAGACGAUCUUGCCUCCCUGGUACUGCCUAGGCCUUCCCUCAAGGGGACUGGUGGAUACUAAGAGCCAGCGGAGGUCCCGGGACCACUAGCUGAGGGCAAGUACUAUCUGCUCUUCUGCUCCAUGUGCUGUGCUUCUUGAGGUGCUUUCCACAGCUUAAUAACCAGACCAUGCUAAUCGAGCUGUCACUCAACAAAAGUGUUUUAAGUUCCUAUCCUGGUUGCCCCAUGUCAGCAACUUGUAAGACUGAUAAUGAAAUAAAUAAAUCAUGUUAAUCUUA